AUGUUAGGUUUAUUGGUGGCUGCGAUUUUAACGGUUCUGUUUACGAAAAAAUGUCCACCAAAACCAAAAUUAGCCUGGUAUGAAAAAGAAAUUGUCUAUGAAAUAUAUGUGCCAACAUUUCAAGACACCAACCAAGAUGGAAUCGGAGACUUGAAAGGUAUCGAGAAAAAAUUAGAUUAUUUUGAAAAACUUAAUGUAAAAUCACUUUUAUUAAAAUCAUCUAUAUUUGAACCGCCCGUGGGUGGUCGAUCUUCUCGCUCCUUGUCUGUUGACACACCGGAGAAAGAGUCUGAUUUGAUGGAAAUUAAUCCAAAAUUCGGUAGUAAUCAAGAUUAUCAAACAUUAGCAAAAAUGUUAACAAGAAAAGAUAUGCAUUUGAUUGUUGAUUUACCAUUAUCGACGUACGAUUCAAAUUCUGGCACAUGGUACGGAAUGAAUAGUUCAUCACGUUCAUUCGAAACUAAUCGGAAUCUAUGUGAUACUGACAGAAAUAGUUAUGGUUGCGCGUACAGCCGUUUUUAUAAACGCUUACCAUUGGAUUUUGAUGAUGAAUUGGUUUCACAGACUUCUCAGGAUCGUCUUCGUUAUUGGUUAACUUCACGUAAGAUCGAUGGUGUUCGAGUUGAUCUACCAUUGAUGAAAGAUUACUCAAUAUCCUAUGUGACAAUAGAUAAAUGGAAGACUAUUGUGAAAAAGGCAGAAAAACUAACAUUAAAACCAAAAUUAUUACUAUUUAACAUUCCGCUUCAAUUACACGAGUUUAGCGUUGGCUCAAAAUCUUAUUUAGAAUUACUAAAUCAGGUACCUCAUCAACUAAUUUUAAAUAAUCAACAACAAAAUAUAACGGCUAAACAGUUACAUGAACGAUUUCAACUUAUCAGAGAUAAUAAUAAUUUAACCAUUCCCAAAUUUUGGCAAUUGGGUUACCCGCGUAGUUCAAUUUAUUCAAUGAAUGGCCUUAGUAGUGAAAUGAUGUUGACAAUGGGUCUCCUGUUUGGUGGUACACCGAUUGUGCUUUAUGGUGAAGAAAUUGGACUUGAACCCAUUGAACAAGUAGGCUUAACAGUGCUUGCUCAUGAUUUUUAA